GAUCCGAAAAGCUCAUAGUUCGUGUUUUUUUUUUGUGUUUUUUUGUUACGCUUUGAGGCAGAUUUGUUUUUCUUCACUCAUUAAUUCACCGCAUAUUUCCCAAUAAAUGAGAGAUUUAAUAAUAAUGUGUUUACCAUAUAACAAUACUCAAAUUGUGAUGUGUCGCCUUAUUUCAUUUUAGGGGAUUAUUAUCCUAUUAUCGCUGUUACAAUGAAGUACAUCGUCGCGUCGUUUCUUUAAGUAAAAUUUUUAUUGAUCAUAGCCGGCGUCAUAUUGUUUAAUAUAUAAAAUAACCGGAUUUUUUACCCUAACCCUAUAUAUGAGCCAUACGAAACAAUGGAUUGAAGAAAUUUCUACUAUGUAAGCAAAUGCAAAACUUAAUGGAACCACAGAAAUAUUCAUCAAUUCAAAAUGAUCGUCUAAAUUAGUCAAGCUCCAGAACUCAGGAAUUUCAUUUGAUUAAAAAGGAGGAUAAUCAAAUUUUACAUCAAACUUAUGUAUACAACUUGUGGUUCUUUGAAGAUUGUUGUUAAAAAAUUAAACUUAAAAUAGUCAAAAAAUACUAUCAGGAUGUCCCAGUCAAACAUACUCUGUGAGGUGGAGCAGACCGAUUCAAUGGAGGAAGUAAUCGAUCGUGAACACUUCACUAAUAUUAAUGUAAAUGCAGUUAGUGUUGGAUACCCACAAUUUGGAAUUCUAGUCAGAAGUGAUCAAUAUGAAGAAGAAGUUGCUUCAAAAAAUGAAGAUCCUCAGGAUAUUGUGAUGCAAAAUAUCGAAGACGUAUUUAAAAGUGAAAGUAUAGUGAUACAUUCUGAUUCCCACCUGCCCAAUAAUCAUAAGAUAACUGCAAACGACCACUCUUUAAAUAGUAAUCUGUUUGUGGAAUCAACUGUACCAAUGCUUGCAACUCCUAGCCCACUAACAGUAAUAUCUACACGGAAACGAGGGCCUGUAAUUAAGCAACUCAACCCACUUACAUUGAGCAGUAAUGUAGGUGAUCAAAUGAGUUCGAUAGGUGCACAACAUGAUGAUCAAAAUCAUAGAGGUGAAUUUAGGAACAAUGUGGCAUUAUUUAAUCAACGUCAAAAGUACAUUAAUAAAUAUGAACUGCCACAAUUGCAUUCCGCUGGCGGGGUAACCACAAGUACGUGUAAUACUAUAUGCUACAAACCUGUAGAAAUAAUGGAGGAACCUGCUAAACCACGUCGUUGGGAGCAGAAGCAAGUGCAAAUAAAAACGAUGGAAGGAGAAUUUAGUGUAACCAUGUGGGCUUCCGGUAAUUCCGACGACGACAUUUCCAAUCCAGAUCAAGAGGCAGAUUAUCAAGAUUUUAUAUCUUGUGAGGAACAAAAAGUGGAUGAAGACUGUAACAUUCCUGAUCCUGUACAGGGAUUUGUGUCUACUAUCAAUAGUAAUGACUUCCAACAAGAGCACUUAUUGCAUAGGCAACUAAUCAUACAGCAACACGAGCUGCACUCCUCCCAAGUUUUGGUUCGGAAUACAGUCGAUUCUGGAGAUGCGUCAAAUCCUACAGAUGAUAGAUGUGACACAAAUGCAUCUACAAUAAUAGGGUUAGAUAUAUCUCCUCAUCCGCAGUUAUCGGAAUAUGCUGGACCUAGCAACGUAGACAAUAAAUUAAGAUUUAAAAAGACUGUAGCAAAUAAUAAGACGGACACUUAUGUAACGUCAGAUGAAGAAAAUGCCAAAAAUGUAGUUUUGCCAGUUUCGCGAACUGCUGUAUUGGCCGCACCACUUAUUCAUCCUGCUAAUACCGCUGUUAUUACUGUGGCUAGUAUGGAUAGUGGUAGCUUAUCAAACGCUUUGCCAGUAAGUGUUGUCGUGCAACAAAAUCCACAAGUUGUUUCAACUUCACCACCGCCCUUAAGCUAUAGUAACAAAAUAAAUACGGCGGCAUCAGAAAGUAAUUGCAACGGCCCUGGCGAAAAACGUAUUGCUUGCCCUCAAAAAGGAUGCUACAAGUUUUUUCGUGAUAAUUCAGCAAUGCGUAAACAUUUGCAUACACACGGCCCGCGGGUUCAUGUCUGUGCCGAGUGUGGAAAAGCUUUUGUUGAAAGUUCAAAACUGAAGCGCCAUCAGCUGGUACAUACUGGAGAAAAGCCAUUUCAGUGCACAUUUGAAGGUUGUGGAAAGCGUUUCUCGUUGGAUUUUAAUUUAAGAACUCAUGUGCGAAUUCAUACGGGCGAUCGACCAUACGUUUGUCCUUUCGAUGGUUGUAACAAAAAGUUUGCGCAGUCUACAAACUUGAAAUCACAUAUUUUAACACACGCUAAAACUAAACGAAGUUCUCUCGGUGGUAAUUGCAGUAAUAUUAAUAAUGAUUCCAGCAGCCCAGCGCAGUUAGCUACUCAAAAUCUUAUAAAAGUUGAAAUGAACGAAAUUGAUUCCAACUCCUCGUACGUUGUUUACACUGAUUAAUAUAUUUUUAACAUCAUAAAAACAAGCAAACCAA